AUGGCCGCACGAUCCGCAGCCCUGAAGCUCGACUGGGCCAAAGUGACGACCUCGCUGGGCCUGCGCGGCCAGACCGUCGCGUCCCUGCAGGCUUUCAAGUCGCGCAACGACAACGCGAAGCGCAAGGUGCAGCAGCUGUCCGAGCUCCCCACGGCCGUCGACUUCGCCCAGUACCGCUCCACGCUCAAGAACCAGGCCGUCGUCGACGAGAUCGAGAAGCGCUUCAAGGCCUUCAAGCCCGCCACCUACGACAUCUCCCGCCAGCUCAAGGCCAUCGACACGUUCGAGGCCGAGGCCGUCAAGAACGCCCAGGCCACCAAGGAGAAGGUCGACCUCGAGCUGCAGGACCUCACCAAGACGCUGCAGAACAUCGAGCAGGCUAGGCCCUUCGAGGACCUCACUGUGGACGAUGUUGCCGCCGCUGAGCCUUCGAUCGACGAGAAGACCUCCAAGCUGGUUUCCAGAGGCCGCUGGGGCGUCCCCGGAUACAAGGAAAAAUUCGGCGACCUCUCCGUGCUAUAG